AUGCAAGUUAGGGCAAUAGAGAAGAAACCACAAAGUAGCAGGUUGGGAAUCUGUUCAUUAACAGCCGAAUCUUAUGUAUCAAGUUUCUCCAUAGGGACAGAUUCAUCAUGUGCUUUUGUCACUUCUUGGACCACCAACAAAGAAUCACUCGUUACUUGUAAAUUUGGAAUGGAUAAAGGUAAGCAAAUCUGUAAGCCCUUCAACAUCGUUAAAAGCUCCACCUCCAUUGGAUCCAUCCUGCCCAUCUUUGGUUUACUAGCUGAGAAAAUCCGUUGUCGUCUUGUCCUGUUGUAUCCCGGAGGACUAUCCCAGUCCCAUAGCUACAUUGAUCAUCAAAUAAGGCCCAUCAAUAUUAAGCUUUACCCCUUUCGGAGGUGCACUCCACCCUUCUCCAAAUAUAGAGGAGUUGCAAGACAUCAUCACAACGGGAGAUGGGAAGUUCGAAUUGGCAGAGUUUUCAGCAACAGAUACCUCUAUCUUGGGACUUAUGCUACACAAGAAGAAGCUGCAAUUGCCUACGACAUGGCAGCCAUAGAAUAUCGUGGACUAAACGCUGUCACAAAUUUUGAUCUUAGUUGUUACAUAAAUUGGUUAAAACCUAACAAUAAUGACCCUAACAAGUCCAAUCCUAUCCCACGAGCCGCCACUGCCACAUCAGCACUAGGGCUUUUGUUACGGUCUUCCAAGUUUAAGGAAAUGAUGGAGAUGACCCUGGCAGGCGAGUACCCGGGCACGCCACUGGAGUCGGAUCCACCACAAAGCAGCAUUCCUGAAGAUGUAAAAACGCAUUUCGAAUCCAACGAUUUUUAUUCGUACAAUAUUCAAGGGGAUGAUUUUCUUGAGGAGCUCAAUUCAAUAUUCAUGCCACCAAUGGUUCGGUUUGACGUAAUGCUUAAUGGAGAUUAUUUGGUUCAACAAUUUGUUCAUGAGAGUACGAGAAUAGGGUGA